UAUAAGAUCACCGUCUGAUUCUGUUGUACUUCGCGGCGUCAUUUUUUAAGAUAUCUUCUACGAAGUUCUCAGCUUUUCACCAGUGACACAGAUAUUAACAAAUUUGACCUGCGCUCGUCUGCUUAUCCUGCUGCAGUUAAACACAAAACAAUGUCUGAAGUCACUGGAACAGAAGCAGAGUUACUGAAAAUUUCAGCCAUGUUCAAAGAACAUAUUCUUACUGAUAUAUUGAAAGAUGUGAGUGGGCAGUCAGAUGUAGCACUCACGGGUUACACAUUGUCUCCAUUAGAUGAUAAGGGAGAGUGCUACACAAGUGACAUUAGAAGAAUACGAAUUCAAGGCACAUCACAUAAUGGCUCUGAAGCACAUUCUGUAGCAGUUGUUAUUAAAGCUCUACCUUCUAAUAUUUGCCAUAAACAACCAUUUGGAUUGGCACAAUUCUACAGAAAUGAAGUACACUUCUACAAAGAGGUACUUGAGAAGAUGAUGGCAUUUCAGAAGAAGAAAAAGCCGAAAAAUGUGUUUACACAAAUUCCAAGGUGCUAUAAGGCAUUUACAGAUGGUGAGCAUGACUACAUUGUUUUGGAAGACCUGAGUGUGCUUGGUUUCCAGCCAGCCAAAGGACAAGAAACAUAUAACUUUGAACAUUGUGCAGAAGUUCUGAAAUGUAUGGCUAAGUUCCAUGCUCUUUCAUUUGCUAUGAAAGACCAGGAAUUGGAAGAAUUCAGAGCAGCUGCACACAAUUUGGAGGAAGUUCUCUACAGUGAAGCGCAGCGAGAAUGGUACCAAGGAAUGAUGAAAAAUAUACUGAAUUAUUCUAUGCAGGCAGUUUCCUUAGAAUAUCCUGACAGUGUAUAUGAACAAACGAUGAGAGAAUUCUGUGAAAGUGCAGUCUAUGAUAAAGCCAUUGAUCUUGUUAAGUCUGACAAGCCGCACUCUGUAAUUCUGAAUGGAGAUGCAUGGGGCCCAAACUUUUUAUUUCUUUAUGGUGGUUCUGAUGAGCAACAUAUAAAAGAUCUUCGUAUAAUUGAUUUUCAAAUGUCACGCUGGGCAAACCCAGUAUGUGAUCUCUCAUUCUUUCUUUAUUCAAGCACAUCCAAGGAAUUCAGAGAUUCAAAUAUUUCAAAUCUGCUUAAAACCUAUCACCAUAGCCUUUCUGAAAUGAUUCAGGAUUUGGGAUCUGAUCCACAAGUUGUUUACCCAUAUGAAAUAUUUGAAGCAGAAGUAAAACAAUUCUCUGCUUUUGGAUUCAUUAUGUCAUUGGAAGCUGUGGCAGAGAACACACUGGAUGAGCCUGAUAAACCGAAACUUAAUUUAAUGGAAGGGAAAGAGUUUAUUCCGCUGCAUGAAAUUUGGAAGUUUCCCCCAUUAACAAAUAAGCAAACAAUCAAGCGACUAGCAGAUAAUGUAAAAUAUGCCAUAGAAAAUGGACAUAUUUAAUACUUAAGGAAACCUGUUUCAGCUUUUAAUAUGCUGACUGCCAUGUGGCUGCUGACAACAAUAGACCAUUAUGUCUUAUACCAUGGUCUGACCCGACAGUCAAAUAUCCAUCACUAUGCAUGUGGCAACCAAUAUGUUAAAUAAUCAUAAUUUCAAAUUACUAAUUUAAGAAUAGUCCUGGUCAGUAGCAAAACAUA